AGUGACCAGGUCUAAAAGGGAAAAACCCGAGGCCUAGGCUGCUUGCACAGUCGGCCUUGCUUUUCUUGGCUGCAAUGGCUGUGGUCGCAGGCCUUCGGGCCUUUAGGGCGAAGUGGCCCAGCUGGCUCAGGCGCAACCCAUGGGCCCCUCUCUCCGCCGGCUUCUGCAGCCCAGGGUCAGCAGGACCUGCGGGGUCGGAGUCAGAGCCAAGGCUCACCAGCACGCGACAGCAGGACGGAAUCAGGAACAUUGUCUUAAGCCAUCCCAGGAGGAGGAAUGCGCUGUCACUGGCCAUGCUGAAAUCUCUCCGAAGUGACAUUCUUCACGAAGCUGAAAGUGAAGACCUGAAAGUCAUUAUAAUUUCAGCCGAGGGCCCUGUGUUUUCAUCUGGACAUGAUUUGAAAGAGCUGACGGAUGCACAAGGCCGUGAUUAUCACGCUGAGGUAUUUCAGACCUGUUCUGAGGUCAUGAUGCUGAUCCGGAACCACCCGGUCCCCAUCCUCGCCAUGGUCAAUGGCUUGGCCACAGCUGCAGGCUGCCAGCUCGUGGCCAGCUGUGAUAUUGCUGUGGCAAGUGACAAGGCUUCUUUUGCAACUCCUGGAGUGAAUGUUGGACUUUUCUGCUCCACCCCUGCGGUCGCCCUGGGGAGAGCAGUGCCCAGAAAGGUGGCCCUGGAGAUGCUCUUUACUGGGGAGCCCAUUUCUGCCCAGGAGGCCUUGCACCAUGGCCUCAUCAGCAAAGUGGUACCAGAGGAACAGCUGGAGGCAGAGACCAUGAGAAUAGCAAAGAAGAUUGCCUCUUUGAGCCGCUCUGUGGUGGCGCUGGGCAAGACCACCUUUUACAAACAGCUGCCACAAGACCUUAGAACUGCCUACUUCCUCGCCUCCCAGGCCAUGGUAGACAACCUGGCCCUGCAGGAUGGGCAGGAAGGAAUUGAAGCCUUCAUCCAGAAGAGAAAGCCCAUCUGGUCACACUGAGCCCGCAUGAGGAGUGCUGAGUUAAUGGUCAGCCCUAGCUGACCCUCAGCCCUCCCAUCUCCUCCUCUCAACCCAUCCAUAUACUGCCACCUCUUGGUUGUAAGAGAACAUUGCCAGCCUUUCUAACUUGGAUGUUGGUUUCUCAGUGUGUGAUCUGUAUUGAAUGCCAUGGUUCUGUGGGAAAUGAAUACAGGGGAGGAAAUGACUUGCUAGGUCAGUGGGCAAGUUAAUAUGCACUGGGGUGUGCAGGCUGUGACAGAAACCCCAGUACCCAACGGAGCCUGAAGUGAGGUGCUGCCCAUACAGAGGACAGUCAAGUGAAGCGUGAAGGAAGGGUGCCACCCCCAUGCUCCUGCAGUGUCCUUCAGGCGCAGUCUGUUCUGGUUGUUCAUGGCAAGUUGAACAGUUCAAAUCUCCAUGAGAUCAUCUCCCCACUGAAAAACUUCUUGAUUCGACCAGGAAAUCAUCACACCUGUAGCCUAGGAAUAAUCUUAUGUGAUUUGAAUAAAUUAAAUAUUUAUAGA